AUGGAUAACAUGUGGCGGAGUUCAAUAGCAUUUGUUAUAAUUAUCAACGUUUUCGCACUUGCAAGUGCCGACGAUAAAGAAUGCGGUCAGACAGCUUCUGAGGCAUCUGAAACCUUGACAAAACUCGUUCUGCCUAGUACAAGAACAGAAAAAUGUCAAUGGACCAUCAGCACACACACACAAAGAUUCGUUCACUUGUCCAGACCUGCAAGCACCACUGCUACUUCGAAAGAAGAAGAGUCAACUACGAAUUGUAUUACACUGAGUGAUGGGACAUCAUCACGGGGUGAUUGGUGCGAUCAAGAAUAUGAGCAAAAAAUAGACUUCAAAGAAAAGAUUAUUAUUCAGAUGAAGUCAACCGGAUUGCCUGCUGCCAAAGCAGCACUUCAAGAUAUCCCACUAUAUUUUCAAUUGGUCAAUGACCCCAAAUGCACAGAAAAAGUGAAUGCUCCAACUGAAUUGAAACAAUACUUUAAUAUAACUAAGGAGCAUCCAAUUGUGCCGAAGAUAGCCUGUGUUUGGCUACUGAAGUCCAGUUCAGAUAAAAAAUUGGAAAUUUCGUUGGAUGCAAAAACGCCCGUUGAUAUGGGCCAAUGCAUCACAGUUUCCUACGCAGGCAGUACAGACGCGAUGUCAGCAAAACGAAUUUGUUGUCAAGAGGGGAACAACGUUUUCACCGCAGAAGCUGGAAAAGACAUCACUGUUGCGUUUGAAAGUUCAAGUGAGGAAGGUACUUUCAUCGACAACUUCAAAGUGUAUUAUCAACUUGUUUCGGAUAAAGUGGAAAAUAAUCGAUGUAAUGAAAUUCCCGGUCCACCAACGAACAAUGAUCAAUCUUUCACCGUUGCCGAAUCCGGAGAUACUAUUCCAGCUGGCUUGGUUUGUACUUGGAACAUUUCCACGAGCGGUGGUAAAAGUAUACGCGUCAGCUUGGAUGUGGAACCGCCUAAAACGGAAAAGAAUUGCAUCAGGAUUACUAAUGAGGACAAGUCCGGAGCGAAAGAAAUCUGUGGUAAAGAGCAGAGCAGCACGUUCACAUCCAAUGGUCUAGGCGUUGUCGUCUCGUAUGAUGGAAAAACGGCAGCCAGUGCCGAUCAAGCGAACUUCAAAAUACACUAUCAGUUCGGUCAGUUUCAAUAA